AUGAAGAAUGUUCGGCAAUUCGCAAGGCGGCUCGACGGCGCCACCUUUAUAGACAUUUGUGUUCGUCUCGGCAAGCCACUCAUUACUGCCGACCCUGCCUACGAAUGUGUCUCUAGAAUGGACUUGUAUGAGGAACUCAAACGGUCCACCACUGCUAGUCGGAUAAUAGAAACCACUUACGGGCUGCGUUUCUUGGAUUGCGCAACUGAAAAAGAACCAGCGCUGUUUGGUCCCAUAGAUGAGGGUUACACUUGCAGCCUUAAGGGUAGAGAAAUAGUACUCACGGAGGAUCAGCACAAAGCCUUAGCCUUGGCUUUCAGCGACUUGCCAAUAGCCGCCAUACAGGCGGCGUUUGGGACUGGUAAGACUGUUGUGGGCGCUUUAGCAGCCGCCCUAAUUGCAAGAAAAACCCCGGUGUUAGUGACUGCUUCCACAAAUGCUGCCGUGGCUCAAUUUGCUGAGACAUUGUUGUCCCUAGAUAAUCAAAAUCAUCUUGCCGUGGUUCGUUAUCUGUCGGACACUGCCGCAGCCGAGAACAACUCUCCAACUUCGGCCGAUUUGGGAGAACUUCUCAAGGAACUGGGAACUCGGUACGCAGAACAGUUGACCGCUGACGAGUUGGAUUUGUGCAGCGCCUUUCAGUCAGGAAGGGAAGUCCUUGAACGAUAUCUAGACGACCCUGAUCUCGUGUUUCGCAUGACGGAGGAGGAUCGGGAAGAAUACUUCAUCAGUGAAAGGUUCGUCUCAAGGAACGUGCAGAAAAUGGUAGACUUAUUGUUUCGCCUCAUGAAGCCUAACGUGAUCUUAGCGACGACAUCGUCCAUGUUGAACGUUAGCGGUCCAGGGGGUAUCUUUAAGAAGCACGUGGAAGGUUUCAAGGUGUUAAUUGGUGAUGAGGCUUCACAGAUACCGGAACCAGUGCUGAUGGCUUUAGCAGUCCGCCUACCUGCUCGUCGGCACGUGUACAUAGGCGACGUUCAUCAGUUGGAACCUCACGCUAAGUGGCCCCGCUCAUCAAAUCCAGUGCGUUUCGGGGCGCAGAGCGUGAUGAGUGUGCUGACAAGAGCACGCGCGGUUCCCGUAGCCCCUUUACUAACAACUUUCCGCGCACACCCGGAUCUCAUAGAGCUGCCGAACCGUGUGGCGUACAAUGGCGAACUAGUUAGCGGCUUACGGCGAGAGGAUCGGCAAAUGCUGCUGUCGGACGGUAUUUCUAAAGACUAUUUUGAAAAUCCACGGGCGUGGCCGAUACGCGCGGGGUUCGGGGAGAAACUCCAAGGUCCGGUAACCGACCGGCGGCGCCUCUGA